AGUGAGUAAUUCCGGGAAGCUCGCCUUACAACUUCGCGCAGCCCCGGCCCCCCGCGCCGCCCACCCGACAACAAAACUCCGCGCCGCGCUCCCGGGCUCCGGGCUCCGAGCAACCCGCGGUCGGGACCGGAGGGGAGAAGGACCAGGGCGCGGGCCAGACAGCAGCAGGACAGCAGCGGGACCCGCGCGACCAAGGGCGCCAGGCGAAGCGGGCCGCGAGUCGGGUCUCAGAAGUGUGCCUUCUACAAACAUGUCUGUGGAUCCCUUACCCAGCAAAGCCCUGAAGAUCAAGCGCGAGCAGAGCAAGACCACGUCGCCACUGUCAGACGAGGCACUGAUGGGGCUGUCGGUGCGCGAGCUGAACCGGCACUUGCGCGGGCUCUCGGCCGAGGAGGUGACGCGGCUCAAGCAGCGGCGCCGCACGCUCAAGAACCGCGGCUACGCGGCCAGCUGCCGCGUGAAGCGCGUGUGCCAGAAGGAGGAGCUGCAGAAGCAGAAGUCGGAGCUGGAGCGCGAGGUGGACAAGCUGGCGCGGGAGAACGCCGCCAUGCGCCUGGAGCUCGACGCGCUGCGCAGCAAAUGCGAGGCGCUGCAGGGCUUCGCGCGCUCCGUGGCCGCCGCCCGCGGGCCCGCCGCGCUCGUGGCGCCCGCCAGCGUCAUCACCAUCAUCAAGUCCGCCCCGGGCCCCGCCUCGGACGCGGACCCUGGCCAGUCUCCGGGCCCCGCCGCCACCUCCUAGUGCGCGCCCCCGGGCCACGCCCCAUCCCCAGGCCACGCCCCCGACCCUGCUCCCUUUCCAAAGUGCCUAGGCACGGACUCCGCCCCCGGAACCCAUUUCCCCGCAGCCACCAGCCCCUGCGGUGACCACGUGUUCUCCCUCUCUCUCCCUCUGCCCGGUCCCCGGCCCCGGCUUCCUCGUGCGGCCCGCAGCACUGGGAUCGAACGGCCCUGGCGGAUUGGGGGAGUUCCGGGGCAGCCUCGGUAGGAUGGAGGGAUACGAGGGUGGGUCCAUAUGCUGAAAGUUCAGCCUUCCUAGAUUGGGAGGAGUGCGGUGCAGAGCCGGCUCAGGGAAGAGGUAGGGGGAGAAGAGGGGCACCCCUUAUUUUGUAAACAAAUGUUUGUUCAGAUGGUGCCAAUGUUCUCCCCGACCCUCUCAGGAUUUAGGACUAGGUUUGGCCUGAGGGGACUACCGGGCUAGAAAACUAUGCUGCAGAGCUGCUCCCCGUAUCUGCUUUGGCUGGGGGUACCCGGCCUUCCCAAGCUAGGCGAGUCGUUAGAAAUGGCCUAGUGAAGCCCAGUUGACGGAUGGGGAAGCGGAGACCUCCAGCGGUGUGACUGCCUCCAAGGCCACGUGUCACUUAACAAUUGAGCUGCUAACCAAAAGCUGCCCCAAAAUUCUAGCUGUGAUGUUUAGGGGACAGUGGACAGGGACUGAAAAAGGUGGUGGAGGGCCUCCCAGGCCUGGGAGAAGGCUGUCUUUGCGAUGGGGGAACAGAAGUAAAGGGAGAGAGGAGGUGGAGGGAAGGGAGGGACGGAACUGGCCUGCUCAGCCCUGGGUGCCUUGGAGUGGACACGAGGCCGGGAGGCUGGCCAGCCAAGAGGGGGACCAUGGAGGAAUCCACUGUGGUGGGGAGGGGACGAGAUGACAGACUCUGCAGUCCUGUUGCCUGAGAGCAGAGCCUCUGACGUUGACCUGGGAAGCCUGGCCUGAGCCCUCUGCCAACACAGCGUACAACUGCCCCUCUCCACAGUUUAUUUAUUGCACAAAAUUAAGUUAUUCUCCCCAGCCCAGAGUCCUCUCCCCUGGGAAAAUGGUGUGUGGCCCUGAGCUGUAUUUUAUGUAUAUUAUAUCUGCAGAUACAUCACAUUUUAUCUUAUAUUUAGGGAAAAUCAGACAACCAAAAUGUGUUCCUAAAAAAUUUGUCUGGUCCCCAGAAUUUAUUUAUUUACCGACUUACAGCGAGUGAUUUAUCUGCCUUCUGUAUUUUGUAGACUUUCUGAAUAAUAAAGUCAAGUUCUUUUUCCACAAA